AUGAUGGCCAGGGUCGAAGAGCUGGAGGUGCAGAGACUCACCUUACCUGACCCGACAGCGCUCACCUUUGGACUGGAAGAGAGACCGGUCCGAGGAGAGCACCUAAGGAUGAUAGAGGCCACCCCACAAGAAGUAAAGGCGGUGUCAGCAAGACAUUUGGAUGUCGAUGACUUGGGGGAUUUAUCCGGGACCGGGUCCCGAGUCCAUGACGCGAGUUUACGGACUCAAAGACAAGCCCUGAGACAAGAACAACAGAAGCACUGCACUGAGUAUGCCUGUGCACGGAUGGCACUGCACGCGGCAUCAGAUGCCCACAACCCAACAGCAGGUUGA